AAGCCCGGGUUAAGUCACUCCCAAACUCAUCCUGUUUAAUCCUGUGGUGCUGUAAAACUGUUCACAGUGAGGUUCAUGUGCAGCUGAUGGAGUCUCUGUCUCUCUCUCUGUCUACACGACUCACCUUUUCUUAAAAGAAACCACAGACUAUUCGACCAAGUUACAGCUGUUUUCACGCACAAACCGAGCGACAUGGCAAAACCGCCGACAGAUGUGCGGAUUUAUUCUCUGCUUUUAUUCUUCUUGAUUUCAGAACAAGUCAUUGGCUCUAAUAUCUGCACCUCUCGGGGAGCCAGCACGUGUCAACAGUGUUUAGCAGUGCACCAUUCCUGUGCCUGGUGCUUCCAAGAGGAUUUUGGGUCAAACUGGCCAGGAGCAUCACGCUGUGACUUAAAGGAGAAACUAAUAGAAGCAGGAUGCAACAUGGAAGAACUCGAGUAUCCCAUUAGCCAGAUGACCGUAACAGAGGACAAGACUCUUAGCGACAAGGCCUCGGGAUCCACCACUGAUGUCACACAGAUCCAACCACAGAAACUGCACAUUUCUCUAAGACCUGAUGACUCGCGGACGUUCACGCUGCAGGUGAGGCAGGUUGCAGACUACCCUGUGGAUCUGUAUUACCUGAUGGACUUGUCCUACUCUAUGAAUGAUGACCUGACACAGCUGAGGAAGCUGGGAAAUGGACUGGCUGAGGAGAUGAGCAAAACCACCAGCAACCUUCGCAUGGGCUUCGGCGCUUUUGUCGACAAACCUGUUUCGCCAUAUAUGUACAUCUCUCCACCAGAAGCUGUGAAGAACCCAUGCUAUUCGAUACCGUACAAAUGCCAGCCGCAGUUUGGCUACCGACAUGUCCUUUCGCUGACUGAUCAAGUGAACCGCUUCACAGAGGAAGUAAAGAAGCAGAAGGUAUCUCGGAACAGAGAUGCCCCUGAAGGAGGCUUUGAUGCCAUCCUCCAGGCGGCCGUGUGCAAGGAGAGGAUCGGUUGGCGUCCGGGUGCAUCUCACCUGCUCGUGUUCACCACAGAUGCCAAGACUCAUGUAGCACUGGAUGGACGCUUGGCUGGCAUUGUGCAGCCAAAUGAUGGACAGUGUCACAUGGGUGUGGAUAACGUAUACAACAUGUCCACUACAAUGGACUAUCCAUCUCUCGCACUGAUCACGGAGAAGAUGUCAGAGAACAACAUCAAUCUCAUAUUUGCUGUGACAAAUACUGUACUGUCUCUUUACAAGAAUUACACUGAUCUGAUACCCGGUACUGUGGUGGGGACUUUGUCUCAUGACUCCCGCAAUGUGAUCGAACUGAUCCAGGAUGCCUAUGCUAAACUGCGAUCUAAGGUUGAGCUCGAGCUCCUGAAUGUGCCUGAAGAAUUAAGCUUGUCUUUCAAUGCCACGUGUUUGAACAACGAGUUCAUCCCUGGACUUAAGUCUUGCUCCGGACUCAAGAGAGGAGACCAGGUCUCGUUCAGUGUCGAAGUACGUGCCAGGGGCUGUCCUAAGGAGAAGACGAAAACAUUCACUAUUAAACCUGUUGGCUUCAAAGACACACUCCAGAUCACUGUUGACUUCGAGUGUGAGUGUAAGUGCCAGGCUCAGGCUCAGCCCGACAGCACUAUGUGCCACCAAGGCAACGGGACCUACGAGUGCGGCAUUUGCCUGUGCCAUGCAGGACGACUGGGUCCGAAGUGCGAGUGUGCCGAAGGUGAUUACAGCCUCAGUGAGCAGGACAUGCACCGGCCUAACAAAGUGAUCUGCAGCGGGCGUGGGGACUGCGUGUGCGGUCAGUGCGUGUGCCACAACAAUGAUUUCGGAAAGGUCUGGGGAAAGAGGUGCGACUGUGAUGACUUCAGCUGCCUGCGCUAUAAAGGAGAGCUGUGCUCAGGACAUGGCACAUGCUCGUGUGGUUUCUGCCAGUGUUACCCGGACUGGUCAGGGGAAAACUGUAACUGCUCCACCCGCACAGAUACCUGCAUGUCCAGCCUGGGGUUGCUGUGCAGCGGCCGUGGGCAGUGUGUGUGUGGAAGCUGUGAGUGUACUCAACCUGGGGCCUAUGGCUCCACCUGUGAUAAGUGUCCCACCUGCCCUGAUGCCUGCACUAUGAAAAAGGAUUGUGUGGAGUGUAAGCAUUUUAAAAGAGGCAGACUCUUCGAGGAUGAAAGCUGUGCCCGAAUUUGCCGAGACGAGAUUAUACUUGUUGAUGAUAUAAUUUUGCACGAUAAGAAUGCUGUGAACUGCACCUACAAGGACGAGGACGAUUGUGUCCAGCGGUUCCAGUACUAUGAGGAGAACAGCGGGAAGUCCAUUCUGUCUGUGGUAAAAGAGCCAGACUGCCCCAAAGGCCCUGACAUCUUGGUGGUUCUCCUUUUCGUCGCUGGAGCUAUACUAAUCCUGGGUCUCGUCUCCUUGCUCAUUUGGAAGCUGCUGGUGACGAUUCACGACCGUCGUGAGUUCGCCAGGUUCGAGGAGGAGCGAGCACGAGCCAAGUGGGAAACAAGUCACAAUCCUCUCUACAAAGGUGCUACUUCUACCUUCAUGAACAUUACCUAUCGAGGAAAAGAGUGACCCAUACUGUAGCUCCCCCGAAGAUCAUCUUUCUUCCGUCUCCUCUUCUUCCAGUUGUAGCAUUGCUUGUAUUGUAUGUACAGGAUGUACAUUUUCGUGUGUGUAAAUAUAACGCCUGUGUGUUAGAGAUAGCUACUCAUCAUGACGCAUGUCGAGCCUCUUCCUUAUUUCGCUUCCUGACAAGAGUAGCAAAAUGAUAAUAAAAAAUAUGGGCUGUGUUUGAAUACAGUUGUGUAAUCGGUGGGUGUGAUGACCACUGGCCUGUCGAACCUUUUUGUUCGUGUGUUAUCAGACAUGCAGAAACGGCUUCUUGUGAAAUUUUCUGUAAAUACAAAUGCAUUUGUAGGGAAUAAAGCAAUCGAUCGGCUUACCUCCGUCAAGUCGACUGAUUUCCAGAAAGAAAUUCAAAAGAAAAAUUUAUUAAAGAAACGCCGCAAUGUUCUCUUUCAUCUGUUUAGAUUUUUUUUUAAACAUAUAAAAUUGUGCAAUGGUACUAGGAUGCUGUAAAGCGCAACGUCCUCCGACUUCAAGACUUUACUUUGGAUGGAAAGCGUUGUUACAGGUUUACCUCUGAUUGUUGGAAAGCACUGAAACUGGAGACUCCUUCCAUUAAUAGACAUCUCAUCAUAUACCUUUUUUUGUUCUUUUUAUUGUGCUUAUAUUCUGCACGUGAGUCCUUUUUUGUAGCUGUUGCUGCCAUAAAAAUGAUAAAACAUUCAAACAAGAGCAUUUGAUAUAUAAUAUUUUUGUGUUUUUAAUGGAAUGCUUUUUUACUUGUUUAAAGCUCUUAUGAUUAAAUAUUGUGUUAAAAUAAAUGUAUCCAGCCUAUCUGUUCAAAGUUCAAAAUACCGCUCAUCACAUUUGCAAAUAUUUCGAUUCGGUCAUUAUCAUGAAGGAUGCCGGUUAUUGUGGUGAAAGACAUGAAAGCUGUGAAAACACUGUAAGAAAAUGUCUGCGUAAGAUCUUGAAUUUUGCUCUAGACAUGUCUGUUGGGUUUGUGUUAUCCAAAAUUUGUUCUAUAAAACCUUUAUAAAAGCUCA